AUUCGGAUACAGGAUGGAAAUUGCCACUAUAAAAUAGCGACCACAAGAUAAGAGACUCCUCAUCCCAAUUCAGAGCAGAAAACAGUCGCGCACACACUCACAAACUCGAAGUAGAAGACGACCGUAUAUGGAGGAGGUGGUGAUAGUGGGUGCCGGCAUCGCGGGUCUGGCAACCGCAGUGGCCCUUAAGAAGGUCGGUGUCCGAGCCCUCAUCCUCGAGAGAUCGAAUGAGCUUCGAGCGACUGGCACGGCUCUGGGUCUCUUCGCUAAUGCGUGGGUUGCGCUCGACACGCUCGGGGUUUCGGACAAGCUCGCAGCCCUUUGCUCUCCUUUAGAAAGGGGAUACAUAACUGAUGUCAGGACUAAAUCAAUUCAAGAAGUGCAUUAUCGUCCAAGUAGCAGGAAUGGAGCCCUACCAAGAGCGGUCCACCGAAAAGUUUUGUUGGAAGUUCUGGCGGAGGAGCUUCCUCCAAAUAGCAUUCGAUUCUCUUCCAGGAUAACUUCCAUCGAAACCCAAGUAGAACACGGCUUGUCCAUUUGUAUUGUCACGCUCGAUAAUGGGACCAUCAUAAAGUCUAAGGUUGUUAUAGGAUGCGAUGGCAUACACUCUAUCGUGGCCCGUUGGCUUGGACUUCGCCCGCCAGUCUCUUCAGGCCGAUUGGGAGUGCGUGGGUUGUCCGUAUUCCCAAAGGGUCACGGUUUUGACCACAGCGACGCACUUCAACAAUUUGUGGAUGUGGGUAGGAGGGCAGCUUUUUUUACUCUCAAUGAUAAGGAAGUCUACUGGUUUUUUGGGGCGACGUGUCCUAAAGAUAUGGAAAAAGAAGCAGAUCCAGAAAUGAUACAAAGGGAGGUGAUGGAAGAUCUGGCAAAGGACUUCCCACCUCUCUUCCUCGAUAUCGUCAAGCACUCCGAUCUUUCGAGUUUGACAUGGGCCCCACUGAUGUUCCGAUAUCCUUGGGACAUCCUUCUCGGAAACCUAGCCCGAUCAAACAUCACGGUGGCUGGAGACGCUAUGCACCCGAUGACUCCCGACUUGGGCCAGGGUGGAUGUUCAGCGCUCGAGGAUGCGGUGGUAUUGGGGAGGCACCUUGGGGACUCAAUUUCCAAGCACGGCAAACUGGUGACCCAAUAUGUCGGACUUGCUAUAGGGAGGUAUGCAAAGGAGAGGAGAUUGAGGGCGGCGACACUGGUAACAGCAUCGUACUUGUCGGGAUGGCUGCAAGAAGAUGGGUCUAGUCGAAUAAUGAGGUUCCUAAGAGUUGUAUUCUAUGGGCUCCUCUUGGCUAGAGUAGUGAAUGGUAUUACAGAACAUGAUUGUGGGAAGCUUCCUAGUGUCUCUUCAUUGCCUUCAUGUGAAUCCGAAAGCUCCAUCUAGUUAUAGAGUUGCAAACGUUCUGCGGUCUUCUAUUUUGUUUAAUAGUCGGUGAUGUGAGUUUAUUGCAAUGCAUAACACAAAAGUUCACGGUA